GUCACUUCGAAGCUAACCCACCCCGUGUGUGUAUGGAGUAAGAUUGUUGUCGUAGGCAAGGAAACAAAAUGCAGAUGCAGAUGCAGGCUCACUCUAUAAAAGAGUUGUACGUAUAAUGGUUUGAUCUCUUUUAUUAUAAACUAAAGAUGAAACAGGAAAUAUUAAUUUUAUUAUCACUACAACACUUAACAUUGAUUAAUCAUAUGUGUUUCCGAGUGAAGCAAUCGAUGAAACUAAAUUUCGGACUAGACAAUAUUUCGUAUUUUCCUUUGCCUACGCCUACCCUACACUUAUACAUACUAUUAGUAUAAUUAAUAGGAACUAUGCCUAACAAUUAGGCUAAUCUUUUCCUCUCCAUCUGUUUUAGUUCUUGAAAUCAUUUUUUUAAAUGAACUCGAUUAAUUAUGAUAAGGUAUAAUUAUAAACUUAUUCAGAAUCAUCACUGAUGAUUACAAUUACAAUCUUAUUAUUCUUAUAACUUAAAUUAGGUACUUUGACACAAAUUUUAAAUAUAGUCCUAUUGCUAUGAAUGAUACAUCAUUUUAAAGGACUAGCUAUAAGCUUUACAACAACACCAAUUUCAUCUUUCUAUCUUUUAUAGAAGUGGAGUUAUGAUUUUUUUGGUGAUUUUUUAAAACCCCCUUCUUUAUCUUAGUAUUUAAAUGAAAAAACGUGUGACCCACUUUCCAAAUUUCUGCCUUAUUUUGCCCAAAACUUUUGGAUUUUAAAAGAUAAUGCUACCAAAUUUUCAGGAGAGAUUCUCAAUGCAAUAUACAACCCAAUAAACAACAAAACUUUUACAUAACAUCAAGACUUUUAUUUUUUUAAAUAUUUAUUUGAGGGUAUGUUCAGAAAAAAGUGAAGAGAAAAAUUGGGAAAAUCAUCAUUUAUACAGGAAAAAACGAAAAAAUAACAUGUUUAUUGAAUUUUAACUAAUUUUAUUAUGCUUGUUUUACAUUUUAAAUCAAUUAUAUUUAUAAAAAGGUAAGUAGUCUUUUUUAUAUAUAUAAAUUGGAACGCAUGUAAUUAUAAAUAAAAAUUACUCAAAAUCAUCUAUGAUGAUGAGACUAAUUUAUUAAAAAAUGUUAUUUGAUAUAUUAAAUAAUUGUCUAUGUACUGCUUUUCUAUGUUCUAAUAAAAAUAUAAUUACAACGAUGAUGUUGUUUGAUUCUUGUUUAUUAAUUUGAUGUAUUUUAAUAAAACUGUUAUAUAUAGGCUUAACUAAAAAAUAUAUUAUUAGUAAGUGUGGUUGUUGAUUGUCGUAGUACUAGUAGUACUAGUAAUAGAAUUAUGAUUAUGAAAAAUUAAGCUUAGGCCUAAAUAGACUAUUAUAGGAUUAUAAUAACAGUUGUUUAUAAUUAUAACUGAUAUAUCGGCCUAAUUUUAGUAAUAUUCUCUGAAAUAAUUAUUAAGAGAAAAACGAUUAUUAUUAUUGACAUUACUAUUGUAACACUAUUAAAUUUAAAUAUUGAUUCAAUAAUUAUGAAGAACGAUAAACUGUCUACCGGUACCGUACACAAUUUUUAACGUAAUAAAUAAAACUUAAAACCAACCCUUGGUUACUACAUAAUUAAACUUUGGUUAUAAUCUUUUCUUAAAAUUAUUCAUUUUAAACGUCUUAUCAUUAUUUAGCUGUUUAAAGGAUUUAACAUUAACGAAUCACAGUGAUAGCAGCCAUUUCCGGCUUCUUGAUCAAAAAAAAAAAAAAAAGACAAUUUCAUACCCCCACUCCUUCGUGGGAUGCAUAACUUUUUAUAGACAGAUCAACGAUAAUAACUCUAAAAAUGAAAAAACUCUUACAAUGAAUGUAGAUUGGGUGGAACUAAACCUUAUUUUGGUGGCUUUACUAGUAAAAAAGUAUUUAUGCGAUUUAUAAACUAACCGAGUCAUUAUAAUAAUACUGUCCGUGAUACACAAAAAAUCUUGUAGCAUAAAUCAAUAUAUCACCGGAACACAAAAACUGAUACGUCACUGAUGAGGAAAGCAUUAUUUAAUAAACAAAGGCUACGUAGUAUGCAAUUUUCCAAAGAUACCGUGUAGCCGUACGCCAUAUUGUAGAACACAUUUUUUCGACAUUUUAGGACAUGCGCAGAACGGUGCGUGAACAAGUAUUGUUAUCCCUACUUAAAUCUUUAACUUUAAUACUCACUGCACUCCUCACAUUCACAUAUUCCUGAAAAGUCUUCUUGGUCUUGUCUUUGUUGUGAAUCAUGCAGAUGUAGACAUAGGUAUGAUGUUGGCACUUCGGUUAAGCAAGGGAGACUACUAGAAAAUUGUAUGGAAAAUUGGCAUCCGUGCAGGAGAAUCCAAUUUUUUUAUUUUUCGAUGAUAAUGCUAAUUCAUUUAUUUUAUAAGAUAAUUAUUUUGUUACACAGUUGUGUUAGUCUCCCACCUACUUUAUUUCAAUUGAUUUCUUUUUCAUUUACAAUCAGUCACCUAUGAGAGAGACAAUCCUGGUUAAAAUAAGGCAUCUUUCACCAUUUCAUAUAAGUUGGAGUUAAUAUAUAUUAUAUGCUCUUUUCAUUUUUAUUAUAAAUAUAUAAACCUAUCUGGUUAUAUAUUGAUCUACAUGUGUGCUAAUUUUUAUAAUGCUAUGGGUGUUAUGAGAGAUGCCAUGAUUCUUCAUUUGAGCAGUAUGUUAUAUUAAUGGCUUGGAUGUGACCACGCCCCCUUUUUAAUGGCAGAAGAUGCUGAUACUUAGAAAAUUUUUCAAUUAUUAACAUUUCCAUCAAAAUAUUUGGAUAAUUUGUGUUUUAGAAUGUAAUUAGUAGGCAUUUAAACAAGAAUAUUAUGAUAUAAGGUUUAAAAUCCCAGUAAGUGUCCAUAUUAUAAAUUAUCAUACUAAUAGCAUUGGACAACCAUUCAGUCACUUGCAUGUGCUAUUAUACUAUUGUUAUAGUAUUUUUCUCAUAGUUUCAUUCAUAAGUAAUUGCCAUGUGUAAAAACUUUCAAAUCAUUGGAAAGCUUUAAAUGGUUAGUCUUGUACAAAAGUUGAAAGUUCAAAAUUAAUAGUCCAGCCUUAUUUUUAGCCUUGCCUGACAUAGACUAUAUUAAAUAUAUAUAUAUAUUAUAUGUAUAUAAUGCAUGCUAGACUUGGUAAACAACAAUCAUAUCAUAUUAUUAAAUUUAUUGAUAAUAAUGAUAAUGCAUAGACUAAUAGUAUUGAAAUAAAUUUAAGUUUAGAACUUUCAAUAAACUGAAAAUAAAACUUGUAAAUAAAAUUAUUAUUUAAACUUUAGUUUUUUCACGCGAUCAGUGGAAUCAGAAUAGGGAGUUGCAGUCUAUAGCCAUAGUAAAAAAUUACAAACGAAAUCAUACUUGAAAAAAUUGCUCAAAAAGGGCUAAGUUUAUUUUGGUUUAAUUUUUAUUUUAAAUUUGUAGUUUGCUCUAUAGUCUAUACAGCUUUCUGUACAAUUUUAAUAAUUAUUUAAAGUUAUUUUCUUAGUGAAGUCCCUUAGUUCCGAGUUGACUUGUAAUAAUUGUAACGUAGGACUUGUAGGCCCUAAAUAUUCUGUUGCUGUAAACUGUCAGUGGAUUAUUCAUAAUUAGCUGUAGACUAUUUUUAUAGUUAUGUUAAUAAAGGCUCCUAUCCUAUCAAGGAAAUAAGUAAAACAAAGUAUUAAAAAAUAGCACUUAGUUGAAAAGUAGUAGUUUCUUUGGUCUAUUGUUCUGCUGCGCACAUUGUGUAAAAACUUAAAUAUGCAACCAAAUCUUUAGUAAAAUAGGGUUUGAAGAAGUUUAUUUGCUUUUGAACUCUCUUAUAUUUUCUCUUGUUUUAACAUCAGGAAGUAGUAUGCUAUGUACCUCUGGUCUACAUGCAGAAAGUCACUUAGAGCCCCACAGUCAUUGCCACCAUAAUCAUACUCAUUGACAUUGAUUGAUUGAUGAAUUGGAUAUUUAUGUAGCGCUGGUAUCCAUGCUACUUAAGCAUGCUCACUGUGCUCUGGUUUUCUUAAAUCUUCUUAGCCAAAAAAGUUUUUAAAUGUUUCUUAAAUGAUUUCUUAUCAUUUUCAAUUCCCCUCAAAGAUUGAGACAAACUGUUCCAUAAUUUUGGCGAUAUCGCUUCAAAAGGAGCGCACUCAGUUAGACUUUUUUCUGUGUUCAUCCACAGUGGGAAUUUUCAGUAAGGACUGUGUUGAAGAUAUCUGCCCAUAAUAGAUGCCCUAAAAUAUUCAAACAAAAUAUUUAUCAGUUGAGCUCAAAUACAAAAUUUACAAUCUAUAUGAACAAGAUUUCAAAAUAGAAAGCAAUCUGCCUAAAUUUCUUUAUUAAAUUCUGCGGUACUCAAGAUGGGCUCAUUAUGAUUUAAAAUGACUGUCAUAUUAGCAUAUAUCAUAUUUGAAUAUGGAUACAAUAUCAACAAUCUUCUCCAAAAAUAUAUGAUAAUAUAUAAUAAAUAUCAGACCUGUUUACUCUUAUGAGUUUGGCGUACAAUGUACGAUUUUUAGAUGUCUUUUAUGAUUGUACGCAGAAACCCACCAAAACUAAAAUUUUCAGAGACCAUGUUAAAAAAUAUUUGGGUAUUUUUUUUCCAUUUAGAAAAAAUUUAAAUAAAUUUUUAGUUGUGGAAGUUUUAGCCCUUUCUAAUAAAGAAUGACUUUCUGGCAGUGAAUGGACUGAGAACAAUGAUUAGUUAAAAUUGUUUAAAUUUGGGACCAUCUUUCAUUAUAUUUGCAUUUACUGAUAAGGGAGGUAUGGGUUGUUGAUUAAGGAAAUUGUGGCAUAAGAGACGCAUGGUUAGGGGGAUUGGUGGGAGUGUCAAAGGCUAUAAUAAUAUCACUGCAACGUAUCAUAUUGAUGGUGAUGGUCUUUCCAUGCUGAUGAUGUAAGUAUUUAGCUCUACAGAACCGACCUUCCCCCACCCUCAUUAAUGGGAACAAUAAAAUGUGCUGUGGCCUAUACAAUAGUCGUCUGAUUAUAUUAGUUAAUAAACUAUAGUUUAAUUGGGGGGGGGGGGAUUGUGCCCGAAAGCUCACUGUAACAUAUGCAAAGGGGGGGGGGGGCGUAAAAAAAAAAGUAUGCAUACAACAGAGGGGAGGGGGUUAGAUGAUUUGAAUUUCAUGCUUACCAGUAUGUGCAAUAUAGAUGGCCCCUCCUUGCGUUCGUUCGCUUUGUGCUUGUUUGCUUUCUACGACCUAAUUUUAUGACAUAAUUAUUUCUUAAGGCUGACCGCGGAGAGUACAGAAACAGAGAAAACUAAAGAAUGCAUUCUCAAUUAUUAACAGGCAGCAAUAUUAGAUUUUGACAUAUUUCAUAGGAUCUGAGAGGGCCUUUUUAAAUUUAUAAAGCUAUAGACCAUUUUUAUAGUUAUGCUAUGAAGGCUUUAUAGGCUCCUAUCCAUCUAUGAUUAUGAUACUUUUUCGCCUAUCCCUUAUCUAUCAGUAAGAAGCAAAAGUGAGAAAGUAAAUUUAUAACUAGUUCUACUAUGCAACAAACCUUGACACUCACUGCCGUGAGGAAAUAAAUUUUUGGGGCUUCCACUGGAUUAUAUAUCAGUUAAGAGUUUAUUAUGUUGACUUUGAAACAACCAGGUAGAUAUUUUACAGAGGUACCGAAUCUGAAUUUUUUAGGACUACUGUUUGCCAAAUCUGGGUACAAAUCACAGUUCGGAUCAAUUUCACUAGUCAAUUUUUAUGGUGUAAUGCAUUUUUUAAAUUUCAAUGUAAUUUAAUAUUACUUUACUUUUUUAUCUUGAAUUCUUAAUUUAUACCAUGAACUUGUGAACUCAGGUUUGUAGAGAUGUAGGUAACAAAUGUUCCAUUAAUCAUUUUACAGUCAAGUAUUCAACUUAAAUUAGAAAAUUAAAAUAUCCAUCAAGUUCAAAUACUAAAAUUAAUUUAUCCACGUAGCACAUAGAGUUUAAACCUCUUCGAUCCACGUUUAAAUUCUACAUCCCCCUUUCAUGUUAAAAAGUAAGGUUUCAAUAGGUUCAACUCAAAACUUUGUCAAGGCAGAUGAUGUAUUGAUUUCACUUUGUUAAUUUCAAUACAUGAAUCUGUAUUACUACAGCCAACAUACUUAAAGAUAAAUAAUCUAUAUUAGCUAUUGCUUUCAUUGAAUGAUUACAUUUUUUAGAAAAUUACUGAUGAUAAGUGUAAAAAAAAAAAAUUUGAUAACAAUGAGACUUUACCUAACAAGCUAUUUUCAUUUCGAAAUUGCGAUUUAUUCAUUUGGGAAGAAUGUAAAGAUGUUCGAAUGCAUGCCCAGCUAAUUGGAGAUUAUUCAAGAAUUUUUGGUAUAUCGUGUGGAUCCAAAUUUAGUGUUGAAGUAGCAUUUUUUUCUGGCUAAAACUAUUGGGUGCUGCUGUUUCUUUUCUUCUUCUGGGUUUUGCUGGGGUUGAACUCCGAUCAACAAGUAGUUUCAAAAGUAUAUAAUUUAGAACACAAAGCAAUCCAAUGACCCAUUUUAAUACACAAGUUUAUUGAAUAUCUUUAAAAUUGUAAUUUUUAAAUAAAUAUAUCUGCAUGGGUAGAAUUAGUAUUCUUUGCAGAUGUGAAGACUUAAAAAAAAAAACUGGGAUGUUCGGCCGGGGUGAAUGUCUGAAGUGAUUUCUGGUUGUUCCCUAAUAUAGAAACAGAAAAUAUAGACCUCGCCCUUAAUAGUAGUAAUCAGUUGUUACUGUUAUCAUUUUUUCACUAGUUAAUCCUUACCAUUAAUUUAUUUUCAGUCGGAUUGUACUACCUAUGUCAGUAGAAGAGGUGGGUACUUUGUGUAUCUGAUAGUCCAUUUCAAAAUCUUAAUUAAUAAACUGGUGGAGCAAACAUUACAGGAUGUCAUGACUUAAACUUUAAAAAAAAAAAAAAUAGCAUUGAUAAUACAAUUAUACCUACCACAACUCAUAUAGACUUUUUAUUGCUCAAAUCAACGUCUUGUUAAAUUCUAAUAUAGUUAGACUUUUAAUAAAGCAAUCUGAGAAAAGCCAUAUUUCAGACAAUGUAAGCUUAUCAUCUCUAUAUGUAUAGUAACUGGUCACACAAAAUUGAUACAACUUUCAAAGCCACCUCACAUAUUAUUUUUUAGUUUUUAUUUUACAUUUAAUUUUUUUUUAUAACCACAUAAAAAGUACAUAAUUCAGAAAACAUGAUGACUAUUAAAUGAGACACUUCUUAUUCAGUACAAUAUAGGUCAACUUUGGUCAGUAGCUCAAGCUAGUAAGAAUGAAACUGGAGGGGGCGAAGGUGUUGAGGUGAGAGUGAAUGAACCCUUUGAUGAAUCAACACAUCCCCCUAAUCCCAAGCUGUUUGCAAAUGGCAGAGAAUAUACAACAGGCCAGUUUACACAUAAAAUAUACCAUUUAUCACAGUAAGUAUGUCAUGGAAUACACUUUAUUUCUUUUCCUACUAUAUGACCUUUUAUUCUUAAGCCUAAGCAUAGUUUUUUUUUAUCUAAGUUUUUUACAAAGAGGGUUGUAAAUAUAUUUUUUUAGACAAACCAAGGAUCAAUUAUAGAUACCUGAAAAAAUGUACCUAUUUUCAGUCUAUUGUUUAUUUGUCAUAUCAACAUUGCCUUCAUUUCUUUAGAACAAGGGUGGUCAACCCGAAAGACUUCAAUAGCGAGUAAACCGUUUGCGGGUCGCAUGUCAUGACUCCUAAUAGUAAAAUGAAUUGCAACGAAAUGCUUUUAUCGAAUUCUUUAUUCUGAGCACAAUAAAGUGCUAAAUAAUAUAACAGAAUAAAACUUAACUAAUGACUAAUGUGAUAUCAAUUGAUCUUUUCUCUCAUGUAUCCUUUUAAAAUCUAUUUCUUUGUGCAUUAAAUGCAGAAUGAAUAAGUUUUUUGUGAUAAAUCAUGCACCCACGGGAUGGCCACCCCUGGUUUAGAAUAAUGAUUUUCUCUUACUAAAAAAUAACAGGAAAGUUCCUGCAUUUGUGCGGCUACUUGCACCAAAGGGUUCUUUAGAAAUUCACGAACAAGCUUGGAAUGCUUAUCCAUACUGUCGAACUGUUGUAACGGUAUGUUUAACACAAGUAGAUCUUUUAAUACCUUAUUUAAAUCACUAUGCUAUUUGCAAAUUAUAAUUAAUGUGAACAAUUAAAAGUAAAGUUGGUCAUAAAGCUAUAAAAUAUGUUUUGAUUGUAGCAUUUUCAUCUAACACUUGACCUGAAAUAAAUUUUAAUAACAAAAUAUACAGCUCACUUGGAACUGUAUUUCUUUUCUUUCUCCAGAACCCAGACUAUAUGAAAGAAAAUUUUUACAUCAUUAUUGAGUCAUUUCAUGCACCAGACAAUGGAACAACUUCUAAUGUAGGUGGUCAGGGUAAUUUUUCAUAUUCUGCUUUGUAUAAAUUGGAAUUAUGUUUAUCAUUGCCAUUUAAAAAAACAAAAAACAAACUCUCCAUACAAUGAGAAACAGGUGAUGAUUAAUUCUGACCUUUGAAUUAAAAGGAUGUUAUUGAUUUACCAUGUUAUAUUUAAAGAGUUGCUAUGGGAAGAUAAGAAAGAAAUAUGUCCCCAAAACAUCAUGUUAAGUGGUUUUACUUAAUACAUGAGGGUUUCUAAAACUGUAACUGACUAUAAGGUUCAGGGGGUCCUUGGACUGCAUUUCCUUUACAUUGGGUUCCCCUUCCAGUCCGGAAAAUAGGAUUUCCUUAACAUAUUUUCCAUUUUGCGACAACUGGGAAAUAGAGCAUUCUGAUAAGGAUAUAUUAUGGCUAGUCGGGGAAUUUUUUUUAGUUUAAAAAAAAAAAUGGAUUCAUUAAAAGGAACAUUAAUUGCAGAUGUCGUCAAUGUUUAUCCACGCAAACAUUUUUUUCACAAUUAUAGUUGGUUCCAUUUAAAUGCUCGUGCGUAUUAAAAUUUUCUGAAAUUUCGUGCCGUACUACUUUGAUAGAUCAGAUUAUUUUUUCUACUCAAUUCAUUGAUCAACAGAUUUUUCGGUAAGUAAAGUACAUUAAUUAUUUGAAUGUAGUUUUUCUUGUUUUUAAUAGUCAGGAGUCAGGUAGACAUUAUGAAUAGAAAACUAUGCAUCUGAUCGCUGUCUAAAAUGGCUAAGCCGUCUCAGCGUAGCUUACGUUGUUAAAUUCAUUUUUAAUGGGGGGGCUAAUUCUUAUUAGCUAAAUAUGCCACUGCAUAUUUUCAUAUUGUUAUCUUAGUAUCUCUUCUGUUGUAGUAUUGUUGUCUAUAUGAUGAAUGUCCUACUGCAAGCUUAAUAUGUUAAUAUAUUUUAUUUUGUUUCACUAUUCAGGAUCGAGAGUAAAUAAAACAAUGCUCAACAGUACCUUUAAAGAUGGAUGGGUAGGACAGCAAUCAUUGAUCAGGUCAUCACUGCUGCACUGUACUGGAUUGUACAUUAUAUUUACAUGACAGUUCUCAUGUGCCAUUUGGAGGGGAAAAUGUUUAAUAAACGUCAUUCACCUGAUGAGACUUGAUCUAGUUCAAAUUCAGCUAUCACCUACCUUAGGUGUCCACUUCUGCAUCUUCUCAAUGAAGCUUCCAAAUUAUGUGUCCACAUAUGAAAUCCUGAUUGCAGAGAUGUUAUAUACACUUAAGUGCAGAGAUUGUAUAUACACUCAAGUGUGUUUUCUCGACUAUCCAUUUUCAUAAAUGUAAUAAAUAUUUACAUAUAGACACCUUUGUUGCUUAAUUUUGUUAGUAUGUGCAAUUGCAAUAUUGUUUUGACUUGCACAUUUCAUGCUUGUUUUUAUUUAUUAACAAAACCGUUGUGUUGUGAUAGACGAUAACUAUUUGUUUGUUUUAAGUAGGCUGUUAUAAAAAAAAAAAAGUUGGAACCCUGUACAUAACUUUCAGGGGUUUGUUUCCUUCAUAUUGGCAUUGGCUGCCGGUGCGUGCUCGCAUAGAGUACAAAAUCGCAACUUUGUGCUACCGCUGCUUACAUGACCUGGCGCCGUCCUAUCUGAAAGAGCUGCUGACGCCUUAUACCCAGUAGAGAGCUCCGCUCAUCCGAUAGUAGCAAACUCUCGACACCACGUGUUUGCCUUGAGACUUACGGAAAGCGCACUUUCGCAUUUGCUGGUCCAACAAUUUGGAACGCCCUUCCUGUCGAUCUUAGAAACAACCAGACACUGGAGUCCUUUAAAUUUGAUAUUGUAUGCUUGUAAUUAGUUUUUGUAGUGUUGUGUUUGUUUUAAAUGUGGUGAAUUAUAGAUAUGUUUUUGUUGACUUUGUACCGCGCUUCGAGCCUUUGGGGAUGAAGCGUGUUUUUUUUUAAAAUGAACUUUAUUAUUAUUAUUAUUAUUAUAUGACUGGUCAGGAUAAUAAUGGCAAACGAAAAAAAGGUUAAGAAUCCCUGGUAUGUGUAUAUAUAUAUAUAUAUGUAUGUAAAUCAGACCUGUUUACUCUGAAGAUUUUGGCGUACAAUGAACAAUUUUGAGGUGUAUACAUUAUAUAUACUGUACAUUUUUUUACUAUUAAGAUAAUGUAUUGAACGAUUUUGUGAUGAUAUUUUACGAUUUUAAGAGUUUGCGGGUAAACAGGUCUGGUAUAUAUAUGUAUGCAUAUAUAUGUAUAUAUACAUGUGUGUGUAUAUAUAUACACACACCAUAUUUAUCGGCGUAUAACACAAACUUUUUCUCCCUGAAAAUAGGGGGCAAAUGAUGUGUGCGUGUUUGACGCCGAUAUAAUGUUAAGGACCCAUUAGUGCGUGUUAUACGCCGAUAAAUACGGUAUAUAAUUUGACUCAUGGCACUUUUAUCAGUUAUAAUUAUACUGACUGAAUUCUAAUUUUUAGAUUCAUGGAUUGUCAGGAAGAGAUUUGACAGCAAGACAAGUAGUAAAGAUUGAUGUUGCUAAUGACAAAGUGUCAUCGAAGGUAAGCUAAUAUCAGGGUUGAUAUUGCAGUAUUAUUUUUUUCGCAUGUUUGAUGUGUGAAAUGCGAUGCAUUUGGCCUCCAUGCUCAACAUGUUAUACUGCAAAGAAUUCUGAAAAAUUUCAGAGUAAAAACAUAUUCACUAAAAAAAAUCUAUGGUGCAAAAAAAUAGAGCAUUUAUGCUUUUAAAAUAAAAAAAGUUAACAGGCAAUCUCAUGAUGUUACUUUAAGAAGAUUAUUUCGCUAAUGUCUUAUAACCUACUACAAAUUUGAAGCAUUCUUUUUUUUUUCCAAUUUGCUUGUUUUUCCUAGGAUUAUAAAGCAGAAUGGGAUCCAUGUUUAGUAGGCUCACCCAAGGCAGGAAGAUCAGCUUUACCUCAUGACAAAAGUGGCAGUUGGAUGGUAUUCAUUUUUAAUAACAAUUUUUUUUUAUUGGGCUGUGGGGAAGGAGGGGGGGGGGGGGGGGGGAUUUUGCCAAAACAUUUUAUUGGGGGGGGGGGGGGGGGGGGGGGGGGGGGGGGGGGGCAUUUAGCCAAAACAUUUUAUUUUAAUUGACCUGAAUUCCUAUAAAGGAUUAAAAUUAAAUUUUCCCUAUUGUAGAAAUAAAUUCAUUUACCUGAAAGGUAGGAUUUAAAAUGUUAUGAAAAUGGAUUAUUGUUGGUAUGGUUUGAUUGGUGUUGUGAUGCUAUCAAAUACUUUGGAUUUUUUUUUUCUUCUCAUUUUGAUCAUUUCUAAGAUGAAUAUUUUCUAAUUUGUUAUGACUGUAUUCCCAGAACAAUGUCAGUCCUGUCAUGUGCUGCUACAAAGUGGUCAAAGUUUGGUUCAAAUGGUUUGGACUCCAGAAAAGGAUGGAAAGUUUCAUCUUGUCAGUAAGUGCAGAAACAAGGCUUUAGCACAACGUUUUUCUCAAUUUUAGUUUUCACCUUUUUUUGGGUAACAUUAUUAUCAAAAUGGUCCAUUACAUCAUGUUUCAGGCAGCUAUUUUUGCUUGUUUAUAUUCCACAUUGAAGAUAGGACUUGGUGUUGCUGGGAAUUAACUGACGCUACAUUUGAUUUUCUCUCUGGCUUGAUUAUUUUAUUCUUCACUUCAACACCACUCCAUCAGUAAUGAAAGUUUUGUAGUCAAUCAUGUUUUGAAACUCAGUCAGUGAUGUGACUUCUUUUUCCAGCAAGAGCAGCGAUUAUUUUUGAACUUUAACCGACAAGUGGUGUGCUGGACAGACCACUAUCAUGGCAUGACAAUGGCUGAUAUAAGAAAGUUAGAAGAAGAAGUUAAAGAAGAGCUCGAAAGGGUAAGCUUUAUUUAAAUUUUGAAUGUAAGCAUCGAUGUUUGCUCCUUUCGAAUGUUUUCUUAGCUGUGUUUGAAAAUGUACAUAUUUAGCCUAAGAAUACUAGACAUGCUUCAUAAAUGUAAUAUUUUUAUUUUUGGAUUACUUAUAAAUUAAACAGCAGAGAAUCUUAAAGUGCUUUCAGAAUAGAAAUAAAUCAGAUCCCUAGUUGUUUUUAUGUGCAAAAUCUUGUGAUAAAAAUAUGGCAGCAAAAACUAUUUAUAAAAUGUUUACAAUGUCAUAAAUGUAUCAUUUUCCAAAUUUCAGCAACGGAAGGAAGGCCCUGUUCGGGGUAUGACAGCAUCGGAAGAUGAUAAAUGAUGUAACUUUUGCCUAGAGAAGCUUGUCAAUUGUGCUCCUGGUACUAUUUCUGUAGCUAUCUGUUGUUGUUCUUGUCAAGUUAGUCACCUGGUGGCAUCAUCUCGGAGACUACAAAUCUUCAGUUUGCUGCACAGCUCGGAGAAAAACACUGGGUGAAAAAGAUUCAGAGGUUAUUGUCUUAGGAUUUUUUUUCCUGUCAUGAAAUUGUUUAUAUUUUCACUGUGUAAAUGUGUGUUAGCUUUAGUUUUGUAAGUAAAGUUGUAAAUUUUCACUAAAGUCAGUACUAUGUCAGGGUGGGUGUUCUUUUUUUAAAAGUUAAAACUUGUCUGUGAUACUUAUACAGACUGGCAUUAUAAGGAUGUAUGUACAUGGGGUCAUUUAGGCUGAAGUUACUUUUGAGACCUCCCAAGCAGUUAAUGCUAAGAUGUUAAAAAAUUUCUCAAUCUUACAAUUAUCCUCAUGAAUAGUCUGUUAUUCAAAUUCAUUUCUUUAUUUUUUUAAAAGUGAAUUUCAUUUUGGUAUGUUACAUUGAGAUGAUGCGUUACAUUAUUUUUGACAUUGGCUAAAGGAGAUUAAAAUCACAGUAGAACUUGAUUUACUUGCUAGAAAUUGUGAAAGCAUAUAUGUGCAAAUUGGACCAAAGUUUUCAUUGUCCAGAUUGAGAUAAAUUAUCUCUCCAUCAGCUGACAACUAAGUUCAAAGGGUCGGGAAAGACUAAACUGCAAGUUAUUUAUUACAAGUAGCUCCACUUUUAUUCACCUGAGUUGCCACUAUCACUUUCCAAUCUGAUUGGCUUUACUCACUUUUAUUAUCAGUUUACGCAGAAAUGUUGUAUUUAUAUCUGCAUACCGGUAUUUAAAGGGAGGGAAAAAAUGUGUAAAUUAUUGUCUAAUGCAGCAAACUGUUUUGUCCAUCCAAAAGAAAUGUUGUCUAAUGAUAUAGGAGUAAAUAAUACAUUUUAGUGUAUAUAUAUAUAUCCAUAACCAUUUUUUUUUAUCAACUAUGUAAGUUCUGCCUGUUUGUACUGAUAAUGUUUUGGUUUGGUCAUAAUUGAUUGUACAAAUCUUCAUGCUAAUAACUUGACGUGUGCACAUUUACAAAAAUAUUGUAUCUGCAUAAGUUUCACCUAAGUUCUCAUAUUUUUAUAUACACAUUGGAGAUAUAAAUAAAAGUCUUAGUCAUGGGGCAUUGAUUCUAUUUCAAAUCUUAGUGCAGCUGCACAACAAAUGUAGAUUUUAUCCCUCAUGCAGUGAGUGACUUAAAGCUCGAAUCCAAGAUGUUAAAAAUAGCUUAAAGCACAGAAAAAUAAAUCCUUUAAAUUGUCUUUUCUUUUUAAUGUUGAAAGAAAAUUAUGUAAGUAAAAUUUAAAGACCUCAAUAUUGAAAUUGACUCCUUGAAUGGAAAAGGAUCAAUCAAUAAAUUGAAUGUUGUCUGAGUUUGUAUUAUGAAUUUGUAAGUGUGUAUUUUGUCAGUCAAGAACUGCUUUGUUUUAGUUACUUAAAGUGUAGGCCUUUACUCUUCAACAUCAAGUGUGGUGAUUGAUUGAUUUUUGUGUUAUUUUCAAAAUUGUGAGAAUUCCCUUAUUAGGGCUCUCCACCCCCAACCCUCUACCCCAAAUUCCCAUUUCUAAUCUUUCCAUGUGUUUUACUCAGUAAUUUAUGCAAUAAAAAUUCUUAAAAUUAUUUUCAUCAAUUUUUUUGUGUGUAUCCAGCAAGCUCUUUAAAAUGGUUCGUAAAUCUAGUUGCAUUUUCACUCUACCACAACCAUGUAUAAUACCUUUUUAAAUAUAUUACAACCAACAAUUUUUAUUUUAGCAUUUUGUUGAAAUACUGAAGGGCCAAGCCAACGGAUGUAAGACUAGAAUGUCAGGCUUGUACAGUGAGUGAGGGUCCUUGCCUUAAGAUAUACAUAACAUCGUUACAGACAGCUGAGUGCAGUGUCAAACAGCCCCCACGGCAACGACUUGUUGUUCUAGCAAGUUAGCUGUUUAUGGGGACGAGGUUUACCAGGGAGAAAAAAAUCAACAACCUCUUAAAGUCAGAAGACAACAGCCAAUUCGUUAAAGAUAGGCUGAAAAUAUCUCAGCAUUGGUAAAAACACAAGAAAUGGUAACACUGUUGUAUUUCUUUGCCGUUAAAACUUUGAACAUGUUCGUCACGGCUGUCUGAGAGUGUCAUUAGUGAAACUAAUUUUUCUCCUGCCUUUAGGUUAGGAAAUUAAAUUAUUAAGAAUUCUCUUAGUCUAUGAACCGAUCAGGAUAUUUUUAAAAAAAAUUUAAACUUCUGUUAUAGAUAUAGCAUUGGGUAUGUGAUAGGAAUCAAAUGGUCUAGAAUGAGAAAUGCGAGCUUGAUAUACAUGUGCUCAACAGGAUACUGCUUUGUUGAAUGUGUUUUCAAUGGUCAUAUUUGUACUUAUGAUGUGGUGUGGAGCAGCUGCACGACUUGGAAGUAAACAGUAGCAUUGUAAGCAUUAACUUAGUUUUCUUGUUAGAGUGUGUUAUUUUUAAUGGGUUUUUUUUUUAACUUUUGCCUGGGGGAGUGGGGAAGCUUGUUGUUAAUGUAAUUGUUGCAUUUCUAUGAUUUUAUCAAUGGACAGGUUUUUGUGACUUGGACCACUUUUUUUUAGCCUUGUAAAACCUGUAAACCACUAGUGAUAUUUAAACAAUAAUUUCUUUGGGUUUAUUCUUGUGCUUUAAUAAAUAUGUAAAUUAUUGAGGGAUUCUCUCGGCUCCAUUUUUAGAACCAUGUGAACAUUUGUCAAAAUUAUUUUUUUGUGAAAUUUUUUUAAAUUUUUUUAAAAAAAUUUUUUUAUAAAAAAAAGGUUACUCAUAUAAAAAUUAUGAAAUUAAGGGAAAUUAAAUAUUUUUUUUAACAGUAAGACUACAUGCUUUAAUUUAUAUGUCAGCUUUACCAGGGGUGUUGAUUGUUCUAGUUUUGUUGAUGUGAACUGAUAGAAAAUAUAUCUAUUUUUGAAGACUUGUAUAAUUUGAAAUAAAUUUCCUCCAGUGAAAAGAAUUCCUGCUAAUUUUCUCUCCCUUUUUUAUAUUCCUAUAUCUGUUAGCCUACAUUUUGGUUUACUUUGGCAUGGUUUAUAUCAUCUUGUUAAGAUUGGAAUGCGUUUGAUGCGAGUGGUUGAAUUUCUAUAUUUAAAAAACAACAACAUAAAAUAAGCAGAAAUUAGCAUAAUUUAUUUCUUGGUGUUCGAUUGGCCGUUACUGUAAUGGAUGAAAAUAAGGCACUUUUGUUUGAUGGAUAGUUCAGUAGAUCAUUCAAGUUAUCAUUUAUUAGUCUCUGACUACAUUUGAAUGUUCUCAUGCUAUUUAAAAAAAAAAAAUCUUUACCAGUAAUGUAGUACCCUAAAUAACCAGCAAAUUAGGAUGCAGCAGUGUACUUAAUGCUGGACUGUCGAGUGGCUCAAACACAUUUGAGCAAAACAAGCAGGUAAACAUUUUUGGAGGUACAAGCUUUUAAUUAUACCAUGCAUUAAAUGUGCUUUUAUUUGUUAAAAUGGGGUGGUUUUGGGG